AUGUCAUCCGAAACAUCCUAUUUCGCAAUUGGGGUCACGGGACUAGUUGGUUCGCAUUUUUUGAAUUUGGCUACAAAAUCCAGCAAUGUCAAUAAGAUUGUCACACUAAGCAGAAGAGAGCCUGUGCUUGAUAAGUCCGGCAACAACAAGACGGUGUUUGAACCGAUCGUCAGUAAGGACACUGAUGAAUGGCCGGAAAUAAUCAAAAGCAAAUUAAAUAUUCCGGAGAACUCUACGAUCUUCUCAUCAUUUGGCACUACGAGAAAGAAUGCAGGUUCUGCAGAGAAUUUUGUCAAGAUUGAUCAUGACAUCAACGUGAAUGCGUUCAAAGCUGCCAAAGAAUCUGGAAAAUUCAGUACUGCAGUGUUGGUUUCAUCGUUGGGUGCUAACAAAGACUCAAUGUUUCUCUACCUGAGUACUAAGGGUAAGAUUGAAGAGGAUUUGAAGGCAUUAAAGUUCACUAGAACUAUUAUUCUUCAACCUGGUAUGUUGUUAGGGGAAAGAACGGUGUCUAAGGGAUUGGGCAAUUCUUUGGGAGAGAGAGUAGGAAGGUUUUUCAGAGGAACAUUUGUGGAGGGAUAUAUUGGAAGUCCAAUUUAUGCUGAAGAAGUGGCUAAAGCGGUCCUAUUCUUGACUCAACAGCCAAUCGACAAGCCAGGAGAGGUGUUGGUUGUCAAAAGUAAGGAAUUGGUGGAUUUAGUGAGGAAAAACAAGUUAUAG